AGUCUACAGUAUAAACUACAGACGGACCCUCGUAGGUAGGUCAGGAGCAGCUCAGGUAGCCUGCAUGGGCAGUUAUGCGGAUUAACGGAGACGUCCGUGUGAAGUUAGAAAGGAAACACUUGUUCGCCCUCUGAGGGAGGAAUUGGACAUUUGCGUGUCCUCUGUGCUGCUGUUUACGCGGCGCUACUGAUGGCAGGUUCCAGGACGCACAGUCGCUGAGCUCCAACUGAAUUGUUUCCUACACUGUGAGUGUCAUGCCAGUCCCAGCGAUGGCAGAGCUCGCGGUCGAUCACCGGAAGCGGUUCCAGGCUGCUGUGGAUGUCAUCCACAAUCUCCCUAAAAACGGCUCCUACCGGCCUUCCUACGACGUCAUGCUGCGUUUCUACAGUCUUUACAAGCAGGCAGUGUGCGGGCCCUGCACGGUGCCUCGGCCGGCCUUUUGGGAUCCAGUGGGCCGCUACAAAUGGGAUGCCUGGAGCCGCCUGGGAGAGAUGAGCAGUGAGAGUGCCAUGGCAGCAUAUGUGGAUGAGAUGAAGAAAGUAGCUCAGGAGGUCAUCAACACUGUUCCCAUGGAUGAGAAGACCUCCUCUCUCUUCCACCACUUUGAGCCUCUGUACCGGGUGAUUGAUGACAUGCCACGGCCUCCAGGGUCACUGCUCACACUCAGCCAAGACGACGUGGAGCCAGAGCUAAAGGAUGGGAAUGUGGAGCAGGAGGAGCCUGAAGACGAUUUUUCUCAUCCAGAGGAUCCAGAUGAGGAGUUGAACCUCUCUGAGAUUAUAGACAUUGCAGUUAACACUAUUCCUAACGACUCUGGAGUGUCUGAGUGUUUGGUGUUAACCAGUGACUCGGAGAGCGAGGUCUUCUGUGACUCUGUGGAUUCAGUGGAGCAACUCGGCAGUAUCAAGAUUCCACUCAAGUCCAACGGUUUUCAGAAUGGCCACACCUCCUUGGAGUCGUCUCUUUGCCUGGAGGCCCGACAGGUCGGAGCAGGUCAAGGUGGAGAGGGAGCCGAGGACGGGAAGGGUCAAGGUCCCACGAGGAGAAGUCGAGACAGUGGGCGAGAAGGUUUCCACCACUCCUGGAGAGAACGCGGCAUUCCUCCAGGCAGUCCGAGGCGGGGAGCCCCUGGUGGUGGUGGUGGUGGUGGGGCUGGGCGAGGAGGAGGGGAUGGUUCGGAGGGUGUGGUGGACAGGCUCCACGACACCCAGCUGCAGCAGCAGAUCAUCCUGGCCCUGCGGAGACUCAGAGAGGACAUGAGGAGUGUGAUGGACCGGCUGGAGGUGGUGGAGAGGCUGGCUGCCACUCACGCUCAGGGAUCCGAUUGGAGACCCUGUCUGCAGUGUGAAACCACUGCGUCACAGAAGGAGAAGUGGUGGCCGUUUGACGUCUCUGGCCAGACCGUCCUCCUCUUCCUCCUGUGGCCCUUUGCCGCCCAGGGCCUGGUCUACCUGCUGAGGAAAGCCCACAAGAGAAGUCGCAUGUCUUCAUGAAGUCUGCUCCUCAAGACGCUCGGCAGUUGACCCACAGCGAGUCAGGACUGGUUCUAACAAACUCAUGAGAUGGUGACACCCCCCUCCCCUCACUGUGCACACAUGGGAGGAGGGAGAGACAUUUGGAGAUGCACCUCUAACUGCUUUGUCCACCUCAGGAUCCAGAAGUCCUCUGACUCACUAAGGCAAUUAAAGACCAAUCACAGAGAACCUGUAUUAAAGACCUGGAAUGUGUUCAUAGAAGGUAAAUUACGUGUGCGUGUUUGUUAUUUCCUCUCAUUUGCUGCUAUGAACGAACAGCAGCCCAGUGCAGCUGUAUCAUCACUGACUACAGCAUGACUCUGAUGUGUGAAUGUGUAGGAGCUGCUAUACUGGCUGACAGGUGUCUAAUCUUGAAGUUCUGAUUGUUUGUCAGUUUUGUCUUUAUCACUAAAAUCAGGUUUCCAUGGCAACGGUGCUUCAAUGUGUAGGGUGCAUGUUCAUUAAUUACAUCUAACCACCUGGAUCCAGUUUCAUGGGUAAAAUUAGACUGCUUGGUUAUAGCUGCCACCUGCUGUGACUGAAGCCGUAGUUACAAAGAACUGUUUUUAAACUGCACUUUAACAAUUGUGUAAAACUGAAGCAUGCGCUCCAAUAAAAAUCUGAGUAGUA